UCCAUGUCCUCCACCCGUCCCCUCCUCCGUGUGGAGCACUUCAGGAAUUCCGAAAUUUCCGACAGCACUUUAAGGCAGCACCGGCGCGAGGCGUGGACGUACACCGAGUCUGUCCGAGCGAAGUAACAAUAAACAAACAUGAACCGACACGGAAACGGACUCAUAGCACCGACUUUAACAGCACUGACUGUCCUGGUGUCCCUGUCCUCAGUCACAGGUAACUACUGUGAGGUGAAUUUGUGCCACAACGGUGCGACAUGUGUGACAGGAGUUGGAGAAGAACCCUUCAUCUGUAUCUGUCCUGAUGGCUUCGGCGGAGACACCUGCAACCUGACAGACACAGGACCUUGCAGCCCUAACCCCUGUAAAAAUGAUGGAACUUGUGAACUAUUGACUCCAACGAGACGUGGAGAUGUUUUCAAUGAGUACAUCUGCAGGUGUCAGCCGGGCUUCGAGGGAGUGCACUGUCAGAUCAAUGUCAACGACUGCGAUAAUGAGCCGUGUGCGAAUGGAGGAAAGUGCAGAGACCUGGAUGGAGACUAUACCUGCCAGUGCCCGUCGCCGUACGUGGGGAAGCAGUGCCAGCUUCGAUGCAUUUCUCUGCUGGGGAUGGAAGGAGGAGCCAUCGUUGAGUCCCAGAUUUCUGCGUCCUCUGUGCACUAUGGCAUUCUGGGACUUCAGCGCUGGGGCCCAGAGUUAGCUCGUCUUAACAACCAAGGUAUCGUCAACGCCUGGACGUCAGCGUCCCACGACAGGAACCCAUGGAUCGAGAUAAAUAUGCAGAAGAAGAUGAGGCUGACGGGCAUCAUCACUCAGGGUGCGAGUCGGAUGGGCGCCUCCGAGUACAUCAAGGCCUUUAAGGUGGCGAGCAGCUUUGACGGGGUCACUUAUACCACGCACAGAGCAGACGGACAACGCAGGGACAAGGUUUUUGUGGGCAACACAGAUAAUGACAGCACGAAGACCAACAUGUUUGAUCCUCCCAUUGUGGCCCAGUUUAUCCGCAUCAUCCCCGUGGUAUGUCGCAGAGCCUGCACCUUACGCAUGGAACUGGUCGGCUGUGAACUGAACGUUUAUUCAAACACGGCAGGUUGUUCAGAACCGCUGGGAAUGAAGUCCCGCCUCAUCUCGGACGGACAGCUGUCAGCAUCCAGUACGUUCCGCACCUGGGGUAUCGAUACUUUCACCUGGCAUCCUCAGUUCGCCCGCCUGGAUAAACAGGGGAAGACCAACGCCUGGUCUCCUGCCAACAACAACCGCUCAGAGUGGAUCCAGGUUGAUCUUGAGAAGACCAAGCGCCUCACAGGCAUCAUCACUCAAGGGGCCAAGGACUUCGGUGUGGUCCAGUUUGUGUCCGUGUUCAAAGUCAUGUACAGUAACAACGGAGAGUCUUGGAGUACAGUGAAGGACGGGAACACCGGCAACGAUAAGCUUUUCCAAGGCAACACUGACAACAACACUCACAAGAAGAAUCUGUUCGAGCCCCCGUUUUACGCUCAGUUUGUCCGAGUGGUCCCGUUGGAGUGGCACGAGCGCAUCACCCUCCGCAUGGAGCUGCUGGGCUGCGACGACUAGAACCCCCGUCGGCGUCCGGGCGUGGGCUCCGUCCUCCUUCAGCCUCUGCGUUUGCACCGACCACAGCGGGAAAAGUACCUGGGAGAGUCCUGUCUUUGGUAUGACGUAUACAUGGGGCUGAUAUUUGGGACUGGAACACCUGUAGCACUUUCUCAGUAGAGAUUUUUUAUUGAUUUACACUGCACUCCAUGACGUAUCCAUUUAAAGUAUUACAUAUCCAUGCUUUUAACACGUGUGUAUAGUUUGACUGUAUAAUUCUUAAGGUGAUAAUGUCGCUACUUCCCGUCUUCAAACUAAACAGACUAAACAUGUUUGUGUUCUGCCUUUUUUCAUCUCACAUAUUUUUAAGGAUCAGUAGAUGUUGUACAAUCAUCAGAUCGGUCUCAAACUACUGUGGGCUGGACGAUAAAACCAUCAUGGUAAUCGUCAGGAUUCAAUUUUACAUCAUAUCAAACUUUAAUUUUUAUAUUGUGUUGAUUUGCCUUGGAGAUCAGCUGUGUAUCCUUAAUCAUUUAAAACCAUCUACUUUAUUCAACUUUCAAACAGGUCCAAAAAUCUGCCUCUAAACUGGAAAAGAAUAAAGACCUGAUAUAUUUUUGAUAAGUAUCAUUAUCGACUGAUACAAACAUCUUUAUCAUGUAAUCGUUUUUAUUGCCCAGCCCUUGUUAUCAGACAUCAAGUAUUUGGUAUUUUUAUUUCCACAUAUCUGGUAUUUUAAUGCUCACUUUUCCGAUAUAACGGGUCAACAAUGAAAUGAAUAAGUGUUUUUUUUUUUUCUGUGAUGUAUUGGUUUUCAUGUGACAUCUGUUUUCUAUAUAGUUUAGAAAAAAAAAUCCCAUUUCAGUCUGACAUAUAAUUUUGUUGUAAUUUAAUCAUGUUUACAGCAAAUGUGAAUAAUGUAGAAAGAUGUGUUGAAAAUAAAUGUAGUUUUACAUUCUUUUUUUUAUUCACUGUUGGUCUUGAACUGAGAUCAUUUAUUAAAACUUACAAGAAA